AUGGUAGCUUCGAGCCCAACAUUGGGAUGGAGUGGACGAAGUUUGAGCUUGCUUGAUCCAACUUAUGCAAGCAAGUAUAUACCAAUCAUUGCUAGUGUCAGCGAACAUCAACCCCCUACUUGGCCAUCUUACUUCAUGGACAUUAAUGUUUUGGCUUUCUUGGUUCCAGCUGGGAUUAUUGCAUGCUUUUUGCCUUUAUCAGAUGCAAGUUCCUUUGUUGUGCUUUAUAUUGUAACAUCUGUAUAUUUUUCUGGUGUCAUGGUGCGUCUUAUGCUCGUACUUGCUCCAGCAGCAUGCAUCAUGUCUGGGAUUGCCCUUUCUGAGGCUUUUAAUGUCUUAACACGAUCAAUCAAGUUUCAGCUUCCUGGAUCAUCGGGAACUUCCCAAGCUGAUUCCGGGGAUACCAGUAUGAGUUCUGAUGGGGAACAAAAUGACAUAGCCAAGACUGAGAAAAUGGAUGAGAAAGCAAAAGAACGACCAUCAAAAAAGAACAAGAAGAAAGAAAAAGAGCCUGUGGAGAGGGCAUCUGUUAGGUCUCGAAUUGAAAAGAAACUUCUUGUUUUACCUUUGGAGGCAUCUGUCAUUGCUAUUAUCUUGCUUGUGUUGCUUGGCGCUUUCUAUGUGGUUCAUUGUGUCUGGGCAGCAGCAGAAGCUUAUUCGGCACCCUCUAUUGUUUUAACAUCUUAUUCACCAGGUGGUGGUCUACAUGUUUUUGAUGAUUUCAGAGAGGCUUAUGCAUGGCUAAGCCACAAUACUGAGGUGGAUGAUAAAGUUGCAUCAUGGUGGGACUAUGGUUAUCAAACAACUGCAAUGGCUAACCGCACUGUUAUUGUUGACAAUAAUACCUGGAAUAACACACAUAUUGCAACUGUUGGUACUGCUAUGUCUUCUCCUGAGAAGGCAGCCUGGGAAAUCUUUAACUCCUUGGAUGUAAAAUAUGUUCUAGUUGUCUUUGGAGGUUUGUUUCCUUCUGCACAUACUCAGAUCAGUCUUGAGUUGAAAGAAAUGUUUGUUGACACUGAUGGUAAAGGCUUUGAUAGAGUUAGGCGAACAGAAAUUGGGAAGAAGUAUUUCAAACUUACCCAUUUUGAGGAGGUAUUCACAACUCACCAUUGGAUGGUUCGCAUAUACAAAUUGAAGCCUCCGAAGAACAGGAUCCGAGGGAAGACAAAAAAGUCGAAAUCGAAAGCAAGCUCAACUUCUAGCUCAAAAAGAAGCGGAACUGAGGCUUUUGAGAGGGAUCUUGCAGAGGCAUGGUCUGCAAAAUGCAAUUCAGUCAGAAAGAUUUUGCUGUCUUUACCUAUAUGA